CAAACAGAUCAUGCCCUUGACUUAGUUGCGGACAACACAGCGCAACGCCUUUGUAUCUCUCUGCGAAAGCCAUGCGUCAACCGUCUCUGCACUUCCAUACGCCGCCUCUGAUACACAGACACACACACACACACACACAAUGGCACCUCUCUCUUCCACGGGGUGGCGUCUCUCGCUUUAUUACCUGCGUAUCGAUUCUAUCAUGCCUGGCCAUCAUGGCCGCCCUGCGCUCAGGAUCAGCCACAGGUGGCUCGUGACAGUGCACAUCAUCGCGACAAAAGCCGCUGCACCCGCAGAGAAGAAAGGGAGACAUAAGAUCAUCGAACAGCACAUCCCCGCCUCCAUCCAUCCAUCCACACAGAGACAUACGAGCAGUCGUCCUCAAAUCCGUCGACACCAUUGUCGCCCAAGAGUCCCCUGGCCACCCGGCGAGCCAGCCGCGCCGCCUCUUCAUCCAUCCACCCCCACACACGGCCCUUUGACCGACACCUCAGCCAAACCGGCGGCGGCGCCCUCUCUCUGCGAGGGCUUUCUGCACACAGAGGGAGAGAGAGAGACGGUGAGACUGCGUGUGCACAAUGGCUGUCGUAUGCACCCGCCUGGCGAGAGGCCCCGUGGGGCCUCGUAUCGGUGGAAGCGGCCGUACUCGCCACUCUCUGUCACGUAAGGCCUCCCAAGGGCCCGCUCGCAGGUGUAGCCCACCGAGCUGAUGUGGCAACAUUCGGUCGACGGCCUGCAGUAGCCCUCUCGCCGGCGCGAGCACCAGUAGUCCAUAAUGGGGCAAGUGGCAAGUGGGGGAGGGGAAAGGAGGAAAGAUGGCGGGGGGUAGGAGCUGAAGGCUCAGAUGGGAGGCUGCUGUAAUGAAUGGAUGGUGGCAGGGGCGGGAUCC